UUUUCUUUAACCAUCUUAAGGUCUGUUUCUUUAUCUGGUGGUGAUGGGCGCUAUCGGGACAGGAUUGUCUUCCUAACAGGCCAAUACCACCUUAUUUCAGUGUGAUUGGUUUGGGAGGUGAGGAUGUGACCCUACGCUUCCCAGCUUAUGGCUGCCCCUGCUGCUUAGCCAAAGGCCUUAGCCUAAGAACAAGGCCUCAGACUAUCCUGGUGAGCGAAGGCCCAGACACAGGUGGACUGUGAUUUUGAUUCUUUAUUUUUAUACCCCUGUAACUAGCUAAGUGAUAAAAAUACACCUAAGUUCUUAAAGUACAGGCUUUACAGGCAGGCCUGAAUAUCUCUAUUCUAACAGUGGGUUCUACCCCUUGCCACAUUCUGUGUCCGUCUUGUCUAUUUAGAUUGUAAAUUCUUCAGGGCAUGGGCCAUCUACUAUUCUGGGUUUGUACUUUGCCUAGCACAAUGGGGACCCCCUGUUAGUUGGUCCUGAGCCAUUAAGGUAAUGCAUAUGAUUUAUUAUAAUAAUAACUCUCCUGCCACUUUGAGCUAAGGAAGCUGGCCUUGGGAUGUUACUGCUUAAAAAUGAGCUGGGGUUAAAACCAUGGAAUAUUCUGUGUGCCAAGUAUCCCACAAAUUCCACUGACCUCCCUUGUUUUCUUUGCCUGGAGUAGGGUUUCCAGUUUCCAAACCUGAUGUGAUCUCGCAGCUGGAACGAGGGGAAGAGCCAUGGAUCCCAGACCUCCAGGGCUCUGAGAAAGAAGUGCUCCUGAGAGGUGAUGGGAUGGUGAGUGAGAAUGAGGAGAAACCCCAGCAGGAAGAUGCUGAGCAAGUAGAACCACAUGGGACGUUAUCAGGAAGAUCCAAAGGGAACGUUUCCGGGAGUUGUGCACUCCGAGAAAAAGCAAAAGCCUGUGAGACUCAGCAGAGGCCAGAGGAAAACUUCAGUAGCCACUCAGACCUUAUAAUACAUGACAGAAUCAACUUGGAAGAGACACGCUACACGUGCUCUGAGUACGGGAAAAGAUUCAAUGGGAACGCUGCCCUUAUCACACAUCACACAAUCUACACGGGUGAGAAACCUUAUGGAUGCUCUGAGUGUGGGAAACGCUUCAUUGAUAGUUCAACCCUCAUCUCACAUCAGCGAAUCCACACAGGAGAAGUGCCCCACACAUGCUCUGAGUGCGGGAAAAGCUUCAGACUGAGCUCAGACCUUAUCACACACAGGAGAAUCCACACAGGUGAGAAACCAUAUGGAUGCUCUGAGUGCGGGAAAAGCUUCAGGCGGAGCUCAGACCUUAUCUCACAUAGGAGAAUCCACACAGGCGAGAGGCCCUACACAUGCUCUGAGUGCACGAAAAGCUUCAAUCACAGCUCUACCCUGAGCACACAUAGGAGAAUCCACACAGGAGAGAGGCCCUACACAUGCUCUGAGUGCGGGAAAAGCUUCAGUCGGAGCUCACACCUUAUCUCACAUCAGAGAAUACACAUGGGCAAGAACUAUAAUAAAUCCUUUGACUAGGGCUGGCCAAAGAAUUUUUUU